UAGUUGUUCCCAUGGAUGGCCUGGUAUAUAUACCACCAUCUCUUCCCUCACUCUUCACUUUUAACAACACCUCGUCACUUCACCUCCCACAAGAUGAAGGUUGCUGUGUUGCUGCUGUGCUUCUUUGCCCUGGCUGCUGCUUACCCCUCAUGGGAGGAGUUUAAGGCCACUCACAGCCGCAAGUAUGUGGACGCUGAGGAGGAGAAAUAUCGCAGAAGCGUCUUCGAGGAAAACCUUGAGUAUGUGAAAGAGUUCAAUGAGAAGUAUGAGAGAGGAGAGGUGAGCUUCACUCUGGCCAUGAACAAGUUUGCUGACAUGACAAAUGAAGAGUUCAACGCUGUGAUGAAGGGAUACAAGCGAGGAACUCACACUGAGCCCCACACCGUCUACCAAGUCAAGGAAGAUGCUCCCAGGGCAGCUACUGUUGACUGGCGUACCGAAGGUGCUGUCACCGGUGUCAAGGACCAGGGGCAGUGUGGUUCAUGCUGGUCCUUCUCUGCCACUGGUUCCCUGGAAGCUCAGCAUUACUUCGCCACUGGUAAACUGAUCAGCCUGUCAGAGCAGCAACUGGUUGACUGUGCUGGUGGACUGUACUUCAACCAGGGUUGUAACGGUGGUUGGGUCAACCAAGCCUUUAAGUACAUUAGGGACCAUGGAUCUGAGAAAGAGACAGCUUACCCCUACACAGCAGUGGAUGGAACCUGCAAAUUCAAUUCCAACAAUGUUGCAGCAACAUUGAGCAGCUAUGUGACCAUACCAGAGGGAAGUGAGAGUUCUCUGGAAUCAGCAGCUGCUAGUGAAGGACCCAUCUCUGUGGCCAUCGAUGCCUCCCGCCUCUCCUUCCAGCUCUACGGCAGUGGUGUGUACUACGAGUCAAAAUGCUCAUCAACUGAACUUGACCACGCUGUACUGGUAGUUGGUUAUGGUACUGAAAGCGGAGAUGAGUACUUCCUUGUCAAGAACUCCUGGGGCACAAGCUGGGGUGAGAGUGGUUACAUUAAGAUGUCUCGUAAUAGGAGCAACAACUGUGGUAUUGCCACUGAUGCUUCAUACCCAGUGGUCUAAUUACCAGAGCUUCUACCUACAGUACCAGUGUAGCCACCUAACUAGUGGUGUAGAUAUCACAGUUCUUCUAACUACUCUCUUAUAUGUCAUACAACUUCCAACUGCUUGUUUAAAUCAACUGAAGACUGUGUAUUUUCAUCACUUUCAUCAGGCAGCAUUAAUUAACACUGUGUUAAUAACAUAUUUUAAUAUUUUACUUGAGAAAGUUCAUAAAGGAACAACAUCUCAAAAUAAAUAUUAUUAAAGACAAA